CUCCGGGAGGGCUGUAGGGGGGCGGGGCGUGUGUUUCGCCACUUCUGCUUCCGGUUCAAGAGAAAUCUCCCGCCACUCGCGAAUCCCGGCUGUCGGCGUCUGAACCUUUUCGGGUUUGGUGCUGUUGUAGGUAACAAGAUGCAGUUUUCCGGAGCAAGGUGGAAGAAACAGAAGUUGGCAGGUGAUCAGAGGAAUAUGUGCUACCCUCAUAGCCUCCAGUUUUACUUGCAGCCGCCUUCUGAAAACAUAUCUUUGAUAGAGUUUGAAAACUUGGCUAUCGAUAGAGUUAAAUUGCUAAAAGUAGUUGAAAAUCUUGGUGUGAGCUAUGUGAAAGGAACCGAGCUAUACCAGAGUAAGUUGGAGGCCGAGAUUCGAAAGGUCAAGUUUUCCUUCAGAGAAAACUUAGAAGAUGAAUAUGAACCACGAAGAAGAGAUCAUAUUUCUCACUUUAUUUUGCGCCUUGCUUAUUGCCAGUCUGAAGAUCUUAGACGCUGGUUCAUUCAACAAGAAAUGGAUCUCCUUCGAUUUCGAUUCAGUAUUUUACCCAAGGACAAAAUUCAAGAUUUCUUAAAGGAUAGCCAUUUGCAUUUUGAGGCUAUAAAAGAUGAAGAGAGGACUCUUCGAGAAAAGGAGAUUAUUGCUUCAUCACCCAGUUUAAGCGGGACUAAGUGGGAGUUGGAGUCAGUUUAUAAGAUCCCUUUUGCUGAUGCUCUGGAUUUGUUUCGAGGAAGGAAAGUCUAUUUGGAAGAUGGCUUUGCUUAUGUACCACUUAAGGACAUUGUGGCAAUUGUCCUGAACGAAUUUAGAACCAAACUGUCCAAGGCUUUGGCAUUAACAGCCAGGUCCUUGCCUACUGUGCAGGCCGAUGAGAGACUUCAGCCUCUGCUUAACCACCUCAGUCAUUCCUACACUGGUCAAGAUUACAGCACACAGGGAAAUGUUGGGAAGAUUUCUUUGGAUCAGAUCGAUUCGUUUUCUACCAAAUCCUUCCCACCUUGCAUGCGUCAGUUACACAAAGCCUUGCGGGAAAAUCACCAUCUUCGUCAUGGAGGCCGAAUGCAGUAUGGCCUGUUCCUGAAGGGCAUUGGUCUAACGUUGGAACAGGCACUGCAAUUCUGGAAGCAAGAAUUUAUUAAAGGAAAGAUGGAUCCAGACAAGUUUGAUAAAGGCUACUCUUACAAUAUCCGUCAUAGCUUUGGAAAGGAAGGCAAGAGGACGGACUAUACACCUUUCAGUUGCAUGAAGAUUAUUCUAACCAAUCCACCAAGCCAGGGAGAUUAUCAUGGGUGCCCAUUCCGUCAUAGUGAUCCAGAGCUGCUGAAGCAGAAGUUGCAGUCAUACAAGAUCUCCCCUGGAGGGAUAAACCAGAUUUUGGAUUUAGUAAAAGGAUCACAUUACCAAGUAGCCUGUCAGAAGUACUUUGAGAUGACACAUAACGUGGAUGAUUGUGGUUUUUCUUUGAGUCAUCCUAAUCAAUUCUUUAUCGAGAGCCAAAGGAUUCUAAAUGGUGGUAAAGAUAUCAAGAAGGAAUCCAUCCUACCAGAAACUCAACUCAAAUCAAGUGUCCAGAAAACCAAGGGGGCAUCAUCUGCUCUGGCCUCUCAAAAUUCCUCUCUGGAAAUGGAUAUAGAGGGACUAGAGAAUUACUUCAGUGAAUGAUUUUUGGGCAAUUAGUGACCCUUUUUCUUCACUAGCUUUCAUUUCCUGCUUUUAAGAUUUUGCCUUUUUCUUUUUUAACCGUUUUGUCUAACUUCUCCCUCUACUCUACCCCAGUUCACCUAUGUUCUUAGGAAAGCAGGCUUGCAGGUAAAAACAAAAACCUCCACAUUUGCUUUGACACAACGGAAGAAUUUCUCUUGAAAUCUAAGACUUAAAUGAUAUAAUUUAAGUCCUGCUUUAGGAGAUAAAACAGCUUUCUAGACUGAUUACAGGCCUCCAGAAACAAUACAACUGAAAACUUUUAUUUAACCCUUAUCAUUGUAAUUUUGAUCCAACCCUCUUCUGGGUCAUUUUUGUUAAUAAAUAUCAAAAUGUA